UAAAAGAAAAGGUGAAAAGCAAUGCAGACGAUCUACAGGUCAAAAAAGUGAAGAAGAAAAAGAAAAAGAAACACAAAGAGUGUGAAAAACGGAAGCGUCCCAAAAUGUACAGUAAAUCUAUUCAGACCAUCUGCUCAGGAUUGCUUUCCGAUUUGGAGGAUCAGGAAGCCAAAGGCAUUGCGGAUCACCACCACCAUCACCAUCAUCAUCCUCUUAAAGAUUUCAGUGAGAAACAUAACAAUCCCAAGAAGGACUCUGAGUCCGAGAGAGCGGAGAACAGUGAGUUUGCCUUUGUCUCGUUAAAGGAGCCACGGGUUCAGGAUAAGCUCCAAAGGUUGGACGCGUUGGAGUUCAAAGAGUUCAUUCAUGUUGAGCACCAGCCUAACGGAGGUGCCUCAGUGGUUCAUGCCUACACUAAGGAGCUCUCCCACUUGUCUCCUGUGGAGAUGGAGAGAUUUGCAGAAGAAUUUCUGGCUUUGGUUUUUAGUGAACAGGACAACUGUGCAGCUUACUAUGUAAUGGGAAUUGUUCACGGGGCAGCUACUUACUUACCUGACUUUUUAGACUACUUUUCGUUUAAUUUUCCCAAUUCGCCAGUGAAAAUGGAGAUUUUGGGAAAGAAAGAUAUAGAGACUACGACUAUGUCCAAUUUUCAUGCUCAGGUAAAAAGAACAUAUUCCCAUGGUACGUACAGAGCCGGUGCGAUGAGGCAAAUCAGCUUGGUUGGAGCAGUAGAUGAGGAAGUUGGGGAUUAUUUUCCAGAGUUCCUUGAUAUGCUGGAAGAUUCACCUUUGUUAAAA